ACAGGCAUACAAAGCACUCACAUCACUUUGCUGGCCAUCUUCUCCGGUGACCCCGCUCUCCUCCACCACUCACAUUGCUCUCCUUCACUUCCUGAUACACAGCGCCACCCACAGUUCCGGAAGAGUGAAGGCACGGUGUGACCAGCGGCUUACGAUUCCAGCGCCACCUGGCGGCUGGGAGGAGCGGAGACCCCCUGACCGGAGGAUUCCCCCAACACUUCCUGUGCUGUGUUCGGGGUCAGGGGACCGAGGUUCCGGUGCUUGGGAAGCUGCUUCUAUGGAAUCCUCCGCAGGAGAGCCCACAGCCAUGAAACCCGCUAAGAGCAAGCGCAAAUUUAAAGUGGAGGUGAUACCUGACUUGACUGACUUCAGUGCUUCUGAUUUGAACUUGAAGAUGAAUUGCUCCCCAGUGCCUGCAGUUACAGAGAGCAUACUCAAAAAAGAAAAAGUGGAGCUGAUACCCGACUUGAAUGACUUCAGUGCUUCUGAUUUGAACUUGAAGAUGGGUUUCUCCCCAGUGCCUGCCGUUACAGAGGUUCCUCCUGAUGGCCAUGUACCAAAGACUAGCACCCCUCGGCAUCGAAAGGUGGAUAGUGAAAAUCGGGCUUUCAAAGAACGUUGGGAGACGGAUUACUUGUUUGUGAAAACUAAGAAUAAGCCCCAGUGCUUGGUCUGUUUCCAGAUCCUGGCCGUCUGCAAGGAGUACAAUGUAAAAAGACAUUAUGUGUCUCAGCACGAAUUCCAAUUCUCCAAGUAUACCGGGGAACUGAGGCUUGCCGUAAUCAGUGACUUGAAAAACAAACUAAACAGCCAAGCCCCUUCGCCUGAACCAGCCCUAAAUACAGAAAAGGCCGCCAUCAAGGCCUCCUUCCUGAUCUGUGAGGAGAUUGUGAAAAGGAAGAAGGCGUUCAGCGAUGGCGCGUUUAUCAAGGAAUGUGCCGUAAAAAUGGCUCGUGCUUUUGGUAACGAAGAAAUGGCGAAAAGUUUUGAGUCUGUUUCACUCUCCCAUCAAACGGUGGCCCGGCGUAUUUCCGUCAUGGAUCAGUACAUCACUCAGAAAGUCCACGAGGCCGUCAAGAACUGCACUUACUUUUCCCUUGCUGUCGAUGAAAAUGUAGACAUAACCGGCACCAAUCAGCUUAUCAUCUGCGUCCGGACGGUGGAUGAGAACUUUCAUACCUCAGAGGAAUUGUUGCAUCUGACUCCCCUGCAAGGAGUUGCAAAGGACGAAGACAUUUACGAAGAAGUCAAGAUUGUGCUGGGGGAUUAUGGCGGCCUGGAACGGUGCAUAAGCAUUAUGACCGAUGGUUGCAAAUCUACAACGUUAAAGAACUCUGUGCUUGCCGCACUACUUAGGAGAGAUGGUUUCGGUUGCUUGUUGUUACACUGCAUCGUACGAGAGGAAGGUUUGGUGGGAACCUUGUUAAAAAUGGCAGAUGUGAUGGAAGUUGUUAUAAAGGUAACAAAUUUGAUCAGAGACAAGAAAUGUGGUGUGACUCGCAGGAGGUUUAAGGCACUGCUGGAAGACCUGGAAGCGGCUAGUUCUGAUUUGCCCCAAAAUCGGAACCUCCGAUGGUUGAGCGAAGGAAGCUACCUCUCGAAAUUCUUCAGGUUUCGAAAGGAAAUUUACUUAUUUCUGGUUGAGCUGAAAUCGGAUCCAGUCUUAGAGAUGCGUCUCUGCGACACGGACUUCCUCUGCUCUCUGGCCUUCCUAACAGACAUCACACAAAGUUUGAACACUCUGAACACAAGCUUGCAGGAGAGAGAGCAGAACAUUAACCAGCUCUUCAAGCAUAUUUCUGCCUUCAAAAACAAGCUCAUGCUCCUAAAACUGAAUCUAUUGAGGAACGAGCUGAUACAUUUAAGUUGCUGCAGUGAACUUUUCUACGAGAUGAAAGACACCGGAUGCAUUUUAGAUUUUAACAGGUUUAUCCCAAAGAUCGAAAUUCUCAUUGAGAACUUCAAUGCUAGGUUCCAGGAAUUUAAUGAGCUGAAUUGUAGCUUUAGGUUGUUCAGCAGUCCGCUCACUGUGGAUAUAGUUUCUGCAGAUGCCCAUUAUCAAAUGGAAUUAUGUGAAGUACAGGCUGAUGUAUUCCUGGCUUCCCGGGCUGAGUCUGGGAUACCGUUCUUUAAAAUUCUUCCUAAAGAAAGAUAUCCAAAUUUACGGGACUUGGGACUGAAAGUUGCCUCAAUGUUUGGCAGUACCUAUAUUUGUGAGAGAGCUUUUUCUGAUUUGAAUCACAUCAAGUCCAAAUACAGGAAUAAUAUCUCGAAUCGCACACUCCUACAAGCAUUGCGCCUUUCCACAACCAAUCUUAAGGUCGACAUCGAUGAAUUAUUGACACAGCCCACUCAUUAAAACCUAUUUGUCUCCAUAACACUGAACUAGGAAGUUACUACACACCUUAUGUUCUUUCCUUUUCAUCUUGACAUGUUUUUACAUUUUGUGAUCAGUGUUAAACUACAGUAGGGAAAAAAUCCUAAAUGUUAGGCUAGACAAAAAGACAAACUACUUCAUGUUUUCAUACACUUUAUUUAUUACAUUGUUUAUACUUUUGUAAAUAUAGUGUAUAGCUGAUUGGCAAAUAAAAUGAUUUUACUAGUU